ACCUUCACGCGCAGUAGCUGUAAAAGUACUGUAAAAAAAGUACUGUAAGUACUUUUACUGUAAGUAAAUGCAUUACUUAAACCAGGUCAACAACUUCUGGUAGCAAGCAGUUACGUUAGCUCUUGUUCUCUCACACAGUAUGCCGUUUUUUACGAAGAGUUUGGGUGAUUUUACCAAAAUGACACUUAUGAUUAUGUACUGCCCUUCAAGCAGGAGGGAAUACGUUAGCUACAUCGACCAAGGUAGGGUUAAUCUAACUCAGUCAGUUAAAGUAUAACUAGCCCUAGUUUUAGCUAGCAUCUAACCGAUUUGAGCAGUAACAUUAUAGGCCCUACUAGAGCUAGCUAGGCUAGCUAAUAAUGUAGGCUACUCAAUUAUCUGAUGGCUGGCUUGCUAGUCGUUAAUGCUAACAGAAGAAGACUAAUUGGUGUCAUAUUAGUUUCCUGUGCCUAUGGAUAAUGUAGCCUCAUGUAACAUGUCUUUCUCAGUUUCUAAAAUCUGGAAACGGGACGGGAUAUCUCCGUGGGGGCGACCUAUUAUCGUUCGAUGGAAAGAGCAAGACUCCGCACAAUCUGAGUGUAGGGUUAAGAAAACAAUGCUAAGGGUUAACAUAAUCUGUUUUGUUUUAAACUUCACCGGAACUGUAGACCUGACUGGUUUCCCGAAAUGCGUAACACUAUCGUGUGCAAAUCUAUGGAGCAUAAAGCCAAACAAUGUAUAUAACACAGUAUAUUCACACAAAACCAUACCCGCAUUGCUGCGGCAGGCCACCCUUUGUCCCCUAUUUCAUAGAGACAAAGUUGGCAACCCUACAUAGGCUAUGCCAUUUAGCGAACGGUAGCCAUUUAAACAACACAAUAGCUUGGCAUCUGAAGACGUUUCCAAGGUGAUAACAAUUAAGGCCACGUCAUAAUGGAAAUGGUGUACAAAGUAAGCCGGGGUUCCAGGAUGCAUUUCAUUAGAAGUCUGUCAACGAAAGCCUCAACAUGGGAUGUAUUAAUUCUUCAGAAGAACAGAUGCCUUACUGCCCUGACAGUGACACAAAGGAAAACCAAGUGUCUCCUGUACAGCAAGUUGAGGUUGUGGAGGACAUGCGUCAGUGCAGGAGGCGUGGGUCUUCUACCUCCGGCCAGGUGACAAUGGCAGCUCCAGAUGGUAGCACCGAGGCCACCAAAAGGAUUAAGGCUGCUUCCCCUAUCAAGGUUGCACAACCUUCCCCCACCAAGGUGGUCCAGUCCACCCCCACCAAGGUGGUCCAGUCCACCCCUACCAAGGUGGUCCAGUCCACCCCCACCAAGGUGGUCCAGUUCACCAUCACCAUGGUGAGGCCUGCCACCCCCACCAACGUGGUCCAGUCCACCCCCACCAAGGUGGUCCAGUCCACCCUCACCCCGGUGAAGCCUGUCACCCCCACCAUGGUGAGGCCUGCCACCCCCACCAAAGUGGUCCAGUCCACCCCCACCAAGGUGGUCCGGUCCACCCCCACCAUGGUGAAGCCUGCCACCCCCACCAAGGUGGUCCGGUCCACCCCCACCAACAUGGUCUGGUCCACCCCCACCAUGGUGAAACCAGCCACUCCCACCAAGGUGAUGUACUGUACCACUGAAAAGGUGGUGAAGUCUGCCUCCACCCCAGUGGUGAAUCCCACCCCUCAUCACCCCAAUCUGGUGGAGGGGAAGGAUAUCACUCCUGUCAAGGUGAAGCCAAACACCAUCCCAUCAUCUGUGGCAGCCUCUCACCUGCUGAAGGAGGACCGGGACUUCAGGUCCCUGUACAGGUCAACUGUCAGUGACUGUGUUGGCCUCCCCGCAGGGCGACCGGGACCCAGAACCGUUUGGCUUUGA